UUUAGACAUAGAUUCGUGUAAAAGAAGCGAAGUUGCUAUGUUCAUAAAUUAAUAACGAUCACUUCAUUUUGAACAACAAAAACUAAAAAAGCUGUUGUUAUUUUUAUUUAAAGAUAACCAUUCGCUUUUAUAUGCACAAACAUGCGAUAAAAAAGAUUGAAAUAAAACAGACGUUUUUUUUCUUAUGAAGAUACGUGGGCCCGGUAUAUUGUUCAUCAAAAUUACAUAGCGUGUGAAUAACCAUUUCACGAGAGUGAUAUGAUAAAAUUUCUCCUCUUUGUCAACUUGGUGGUGUUUGUUGGAUGUCCUCUUCCUAAGCUUUUCCAAUGUCCUGGUGAAAUCUACAUCGGCUGGAAAGAGACCCCACCGUACGUUGUAUAUAAUGAGACUGCAGACUUAGUAACAGGGCCAGUGGUCGAUAUUUUAGAGAAAGGCUUAGUGAAAUGCUGCAGGAACAACGUCACUCUGGUUUAUUCUGCUCAGUUUUUUGAAUAUAUAACUUUAGUGGAAAAUUCUCUCAACAGCUCCUUGGAUAUUGUCUUACCAAUCAGAACAGCUCCUGAUAAAGAUAAUUUUCUCGCUUUUCCAUUUGUAAGCCUUGUGGAAUCACCAGGAUCAGUUCUUUACAAUCUUCGAAAAGGUUCAGCUGGGGCAGCCAUCAAAAAAAGUAUUGUGGCUAGCCUUCCUCUAGUAUCCUUACUCAUUGUUUGGGUUAUCAAUGUUGGAGUGGCAUUCUGGAUUGUUGAAAUUCUGCCACAGAAAUAUGGUGAAGAUAGAAGUUUUAAGGAGAUGCUGAAGGAGUUAUGGGAAGGAAUCUGGUGGUCUUUCAUUACCUUGGCAACUGUCGGAUACGGAGAUAUUUUACCCACUCGAUUACUCAGUCGAAUUAUUUGUUACAUGUGGUUGCUAUGCAGCAGUGUUGCUAUAGCAGCGUAUACAGCAACAGUGACGUCAGUUCUUGUGUCAGAAUGCUUCAGUGCUGAGUUAGAUAUCGCUGGAUCAGAGAUUGGAGUAAUCAGAGGAUCACAAGAACAUAAAGUAAUCGUGCAGAAGAACGGUUAUCCAGAAGCUUACACUGAUGUUUCUCAAUUUAUACAUGCGCUGAAAGUGCAUAAAGAUCUUACUGGUGGAAUAAUCGAAAUAUUUACAGCCAGUUAUUACCAAGAACAUUUCAAAAACUACAGAAUUCAGACAGUAAUUGAGGAUGUAAGCGCUUAUGGUGCCGUGUUGCGGACACGAACCGUAAAGUUAAGGAAUUGCUUGACUCAGCAUGUACUGGGCACGCAGGGUGAAAUUUAUGAUAACAUUCGGAAACUGUUACCUCCUCUCAGGACGAAUUUCACAAUUUCUACAAUAGAGGAAAGUUCGCAAAGUUUGCUUUCACCAUCAACCGUGAAUUUACGAGUUAUUUUAAUAUCACUUAGUAUAACCAUGGUGACAUUGUGUGCGAUCGGUUUUUUGAGAGAAAAAUUAUUUUUGAAGAAACCAUUAAAAAAAGACGAACUCGAAGAAUUUGUCCUGUUGCAGACAAUCAAGUCAGAUUUUCAAGAAACUUUACAUAAAAACAUGGAGAAUUUGCAAGCAGACAUUUUACAACUUCAACAAGAAUUAGAAAGAGUAGCGAAUAAUUUAGCAGUCACUGGCAGUCAAAGUCAAGAAAUAUUUAGAGCGAAAUACAAAUAGUAAUAAAGCUACUCUUCAAUACUAUAUAAAACUAUAUAAAACUAUAUAAAGCUACUUUUAAGUAGUGUAUGGAACGUGUGUAUAAUAUGAAACUUGUAUGAAAUAAUUCUCGUUAAGAGGGGAAA